GGCACGGCGCGCAUCCGCGUGGCUGUGCUGGACGCCAACGACAACGCGCCCGCGUUCAGCCAGGCGGUGUACACGGUGCGAGUGCCCGAGGACGUGCCCGUGGGCUCCACGCUGCUCAGCGUCACCGCCACCGACCCCGAUGACGGAACCAAUGGAGACGUGAGAUACUUAUUUCAAGAAGUUUUAGAGCAGACAUCGAAUACAUUCCACAUAGAGGCGGAGACAGGAGCGAUAAGCCUAGUAAGGAACCUGGACUUCGAGGAGGUAGAUUUCUAUGAAUUUCUCGUUCAGGCACAUGAUGGAGGUGGCCUUUCAGACACUACGAAGAUCACAGUGUCAGUGACGGACGUGAACGACAACGCGCCCGAGAUUUCGGUGCGGUCGGCGCUGAGCGAGAUCUCGGAGGACGCGGCGCCGGGGACG